UGUAACCUGUCACUUCAUUGAUGCUGAGUGGAAGUUGCAGAAAAGGAUAAUCAAGUUCAUUGAUGUUAAAACACCACACACCGGAGUUGAGCUUUUCAACAAUAUCCAAAACUGCAUUCAAGAUUGGUCAAUCGAAGAUAAGUUGUUUGGGAUAACUCUUGAUAAUGCUGCAGCAAAUAAUACAAUGAUUGACUUGUUGAGGCACAAUCUUGUGGAUAUGAAAUUUCUACCAGCACAAGGAGAGUUACUUCACCAUCGGUGUGCUGGACAUGUCAUAAAUCUCAUUGUCAAGGAUGGACUUAGAGUUGUGGAAUCGAUUGUUGUGAACAUUCAUGAAAGUGUUAAGCAUAUCUGUGGCUCACAAUCUAGGAAACAGAUGUUCAAAGGAAAUAAUUGAACAAGAAGGAAUUACAUGUAAAAACAAGCCAGGGUUUGAUGUUGUUACAAGAUGGAACUCAACGAUGUCGAUGCUUCAAACAGCAUUGAAGUUCAGGGUAGCCUUUGAGAAGUUGAAAAGUGAGGAUCAAAAGUACACAUAUGCACCGUCUUCGCAUGAGUGGAAGAAGGUUGCGAUCCUUUGUAGGCUGCUACAAUUCUUUAAGGAUGCAACAGACAUUGUUUCUGGCAGCCAAUAUUCUACUUCAAAUCUCUAUUUCCAUGAAAUGUGGAAGAUCAAGUUAGCUUUGGAGCAAGAGUCCUCGAUUGAAGUUGCUGAAAUCGCCAUGGUGUUAAAGGCAAUGAAGAAGAAAUUCAACAAAUAUUGGAACAAGUCAUAUGUAUUACUCUGUGUGCCAUUUGUCUUUGACCCAAGGUAUAAGCUCAAAUUCAUAGACUUCCUUUUCAGUGAAUCAUUUGGAACCAAAGCCAAGCAAAGAUUUGAUAGGGUGGAAAAACUAGUUCGUGAGUUGUUUCAAGCAUAUUCUUGUAAAGGAAAAGAGCCAAAUGUAGCAUCUAUGGGCCACUUGGGAUCCACCGAUCACGAAAUGCCUUCCAUGAAGACUGAUCCAUGGGCAGCUUGGGAUCGGCAGCUUAGCCAUGAUCUUCGGUCACAGAUGACAACAGAACUGGAUAGAUAUUUGGAAGAGAAUCCAGUUCCGCGUUUUGGAGAAUUUGACAUCUUGAAGAGGUGGAUGGGCAAUGCAGCCAAGUAUCCCACUCUUGCAUGUAUAGCAAGGGAUCUAUUGGCCUUUCCAGCAUCUUCUGUGGCCUCUGAAUCAGCUUUCAGCACCAGCAAAAAAAUAAUCAACGAUUUUCGUAGCAGCUUACUGCCGAGACAGUAGAAGCACUCAUCUGCACCCAGGACUGGUUCAGGGCAGAGGUAAAAAAAGAGAGUUCAGUACGUCAUCUAUCAAUGACUUGAUAAUGGGUGAGGAUAAUACAUGAAACUGCAAUAAGGAUGUGAUUUGGAUGAUGCCUAAUGCAUGGAGAAAGCUAGUCUCUGAUGAAGCCUAAACAUAUAUUGGAUCAUUAACCUAAAUAUGUAUCUAUAAAGAGGUUUAAAGUGUGUGAAAAAUUUACAUCUUCUGAUUUUUCAGCUGUCCCUGUACUUUAUUCUGCAAUUUAUGCAGACCAAAUUGAAUGUCAAAGAUAGUAACUUUACAAAUUUUGUACUGUCUACCUCUUU